GUGGGGAGGUCCGUUGGUGUACCACUGGUUGGCGCUAUAGGGAGAUGGCUCAGCCACUUCUCCUGAGAAGGUUCCUGGCCUCCAUCUCCUGGAAGCCCCCUCAGGGUGGGUUGGCACCACUCUGCUCCAGGCCCCUGCAGACCCCAUGGCACAGUCCUAGUGGCCUGGCAGUCAUACCCAGCCAAGUGCGGUCAGUAUUCACCACCAAGGUCUCCACAACAACUUUUAACAUCCAGGAUGGACCUAACUUUCAAGACCGAGUUGUCGAUAGUGAGAGGCCAGUGGUUGUGGAUUUCCACACACAGUGGUGUGGCCCCUGCAGGAUCCUGAGCCCGAGGUUAGAGAAGAUGGUGGCCAAGCAGCAAGGAAAGGUGGUAAUGGCCAAGGUGGACAUCGACGACCACACAGACCUCGCCAUGGAGUAUGAGGUGUCGGCUGUGCCCACGGUUCUGGCCAUGAAGAAUGGGGACGUGGUAGACAAGUUUGUGGGCAUCAAGGAUGAGGACCAGCUGGAGGCCUUUCUCAGGAAGUUAACUGACAGACGAGCAUGUCUGUAAUAAAGAACUUUAUGUGAUCCCUUCCACUUCCUGCUGUGAAGAACAGACCCUG